AUGGCAACAGUCGCUAAAAAUGGACGAAAAGUUAAGGCUACGUAGCUUUACUUUUUUGCUGGUUUUUGCGCACUUAUGAAAAAUGAAAAACUCGAUAAAAAUGCACGAAAAGUUAAGGCUAUAGCCUUACUUUUUUGCUGUUUUUUGCCCAUUUAUGAAAAGUGGCAAAAGUCGCGAAAAUUGGACGAAAAGUUAAGGCUAUAGCCUUACUUUUUUGCAGUUUUUUGCCCACUUAUGAAAAAUGGCAAAAGUCGCUAAAAAUGGACGAAAAAUUAAGGCUAUGUAGCCUUACUUUUUUGCUGGUUUUUGCCAACUUAUGAAAAAUGAAAAAACUCGAUAAAAAUAGACGAAAAGUUAAGGAUAUAGCCUUACUUUUCUGCUGUGUUUUUCCAAAAUACAAUUUUGAGACUGGCCCAAAUCCAAAACUCUGCUACAGGAGCCUUCAAAAUCAAUAGGACAUAAUGUUCUAAACAGCAUAAUAUUAACUUUCACGUCUUUUUCGACUACACAGCUGAAAAAGUGUACGUCUUGUUAUGGAAGAAAGAGGCAUCGACAGAAAGCCUAUUGAACGUAGAUUACAAAUUCAAGUUUUUGCUCCAAGGGGCCUAGAAAUACAAUCGAACAAAAGGUUCGAAAUCCUCAGCGUCAGGAACCUUGUCCUCAGCGUGAGGAACCUUGUCCUCAGCGUCAGAAACCUUGUCCUCCUCGUCAGGAACCUUGUCCUCAGCGUCAGGAACCUUGGCCUCAGCGUCAGGAACCUUGCCUUCAGCGUCAGGAACCUUGUCCUCAGCGUGAGGUACCUUCUCUUCAGCGUCAGGAACUUGUUCUCAGCGUGAGAAACCUUGUCCUCAGAGUCAGCAACCUUGUCCUUAGCGUCAGGAACCUUGUCCUGGCGGUGAGGACAAGCUUCCUGGAGGUGAGGUCAAGGUUCCUGGCGUUGAGGACAAGGUUGCUGGCGGUGAGGACAAGGCUCCUGACGCUGAGGACAAGGUUCCUGGCAGUGAGACGAAAGUUCCUGGCGGUGAUGACAAGGUUCCUGACGCUGAGGACAAGGCUCCUGGCGGUGAGGACAAGGUUCCUGGCAGUGAUGACAAGGUUCCUCACGCUGAGGACAAGGUUCCUGGCGGUGAUGACAAGGUUCCUGGCGGUGAUGACAAGGUUUCUCAUGCUGAGGACAAGGUUCCUGGCUGUGAGAACAAACCUUCCUGGCGGUGAGGACAAGGUUCCUGGAGGUGAGAACAAGGUUCCUGGCGGUGAGGACAAGGUUCCUGGCGGCGACCACAAGGUUCCUGGCGGUGAGGACAAGCUUCUUGGCGGUGAGGACAAGGUCCCUGGCGGUGAGGAAAAGUUCAUCACGCUGAGGACAAGGUCCCUGACGCUGAGGACAAGGUUCCUGACGCUGAGGACAAGAUCCUGACGCUGAGUUCAAGCUUCCUGGCGGUGAGGACAAGGUUCCUGGCGGUGAGAACAAGGUUCCUGGCGGUGAGGACAAGGUUGCUGGCUGUGAGAACAAGGUUCCUGGCGGUAAGGACACGGUUCCUGACGCUGAGGACAAGGUUACUGACGCUGAGGACAAGGUUCCUGACGAUGAGGACAAGGUUGCUGACGCUGAGGACAAGGUUCCUGGCGGUGAGGACAGGGUUUCUGGCGGUGAGGACAAGGUUCCUGGCGGUGAAGACAAGUUUCCUGACAAUGAGGAUGAGGUUCCUGGCGGUGAGGACAAGGUUGCUGGCGGUGAGGAUAAGGUUCCUGGCGGUGAGCACAAGGUUCCUGACGCUGACGACAAGGUUCCUGGAGGUGAGUACAAGGUUGCUGACGCUGAGGACAAGGUUCCUGACGCUGAGAACAAGGUUCCUGACGAUGAGGACAAGGUUCCUGACGCUGAGGACUAGGUUCCCGGUGGUGAGGACAAGGUUCCUGACGCUGAGAACAAGGUUCCUGGCGGUGAGGACAAGGUUCCUGGCGGUGAGGUCAAGGUUCCUGGCGGUGAGGACAAAGUUCCUGGCGGUGAGGACAAGGUUGCUGGCUGUGAGGACAAGGUUCCUGACGGUGAGGACAAGGUUCCUGAGGCUGAGGACAAGGUUCCUGGCGGUGAGGACGAGGUUCCUGACGCUGAAGACAAGGUUCCUGACGCUGAGGACAAGGAUCCUGGCGGUAAGGACAAGGUUCCUGGCGGUGAGGUCAAGCUUGGUGGCGUUGAGGACAAGGUUCCUGGCGGUGAGGGCAAGGUUGCUGGCUGUGAGGACAAGGUUCCUGGCGGUAAGGACGAGGUUGCUGACUUUGAGGGCAAGGUUACUGGCGGUGAGGACAAGGUUUCUGGCGGUGAGGACAAGGUUCCUGGCGGUGAGGACAAGGUUCCUGACGCUGAGGACAAGGUUCCAGACGAUGAGGACAAGGUUCCUGACGCUUGGGACUAGGUUCCUGGUGGUGAGGACAAGGUUCCUGACGCUGAGGACAAGGUUCCUGGCGAUGAGGACAAGGUUCCUGGCGGUGAGGACAAG